AUGUCAAGCUACGUGAAGAUCGCCCAGGAGCAGGAGCUCAAGCAGACGAGAGUCUUCCUCCAGAGCUGGAGCCGCUGUGUGAGUUUGAACCAGGGCUUUGAACAGAUUCGGAAUGGCUCAGUAAUUGCCGAUGUAAACAAGGGCAGCGUCUGCUUGCACAGAAAACGAACCUGUUACCCUUCGGAUUUUGGCCCCAGUAGGCAACAAACAGCAGCGCCCUGUUCAGAGACGGCGGCCGGCCGAGCUGGUUUGGAUGGGCAUCACUCUCCACGGUCCCACCGAGAGCCCCCCAGUCACCCUCCACGGUCCUACCGAGAGUCCCCCAGUCACCCUCCACGGUCCUACCGAGAGUCCCCCAGUCACCCUCCACGGUCCUACCGAGAGUCCCCCAGUCACCCUCCACGGUCCUACCGAGAGUCCCCCAGUCACCCUCCACGGUCCUACCGAGAGUCCCCCAGUCACCCUCCACGGUCCUACCGAGAGUCCCCCAGUCACCCUCCACGGUCCUACCGAGAGUCCCCCAGUCACCCUCCACGGUCCUACCGAGAGCCCCCCAGUCACCCUCCACGGUCCUACCGAGAGUCCCCCAGUCACCCUCCACGGUCCUACCGAGAGCCCCCCAGUCACUCUCCACGGUCCUACCGAGAGUCCCCCAGUCACCCUCCACGGUCCUACCGAGAGUCCCCCAGUCACCCUCCACGGUCCUACCGAGAGCCCCCCAGUCACCCUCCACGGUCCUACCGAGAGUCCCCCAGUCACCCUCCACGGUCCUACCGAGAGUCCCCCAGUCACCCUCCACGGUCCUACCGAGAGUCCCCCAGUCACCCUCCACGGUCCUACCGAGAGUCCCCCAGUCACCCUCCACGGUCCUACCGAGAGUCCCCCAGUCACCCUCCACGGUCCUACCGAGAGUCCCCCAGUCACUCUCCACGGUCCUACCGAGAGUCCCCCAGUCACCCUCCACGGUUCUACCGAGAGUCCCCCAGUCACUCUCCACGGUCCUACCGAGAGUCCAGUCUCCUGCCUCAGGUCCUGAAACUUGCCAGAUCCCUGUGGGAGACUGCAUUUUUGGCAGGACUGUGGAGAGCAACACAUACUCAGAGCAGCCCAGUUGGCCUCCAUCUUUGA